UAGGCAAAACAACAAUUUUUUUGGUUUGUUUCAUUUCUGCUCCCUCAAAUAUUACUAGCAACGAGCGCGAAAUAUAUGCAGUAAAAACGAAAAAAUCGAGUAUGGAGGAAGCACUAGACAAAGUACUUGAUGACACGAUGAACAUGCCGGGAGUGACAGGGGUGCUAUGUACUGAUAAACUAGGAUUAUGCCUCGGAGCUAGAGGCAAUGCUCCAGCUCACAGUUCUGGACUCAUAGCGACGCUAGCCAAUCACGCGAAGGCACUGGAAGCGAAUGCAGAGGCGCCACCUAUUGUCUGUCUGGAGAGCGAUUCUGGGAACAUUCUGAUCAGAGCGAAGGACGGAAUAACGACUGCUAUCUACAAGGUUCCGUCUGGCCCGUGACCGCCAGGGGGCGCCACGAACAGCAUGAAUGUUCGUUCAUCGGAGGCAGAUGAACGGCCAUCGAUCGACCGAUCGUUGUUGUUCCUUGGAGUUCACGAACGACGAAUGCUAAUGAAGAAUUGUUCACUGUUGUCGUCGUCAUUUUCGUUGUUGUCUGUUGUCAUUGUCAAUUGUCAUUGUCAAUUGUCAUUGUCUGUUGUCAUUGUCUGGUAUCGUCAGAGAGAAUUUGUAAUAGAGAGUUUAUAAGAAUAUAAAGUCUACUAUCGGUUUAACUUGGAGGCAGCGUUUGCCGACCAAAUCGACCAAUCAAUUAUUGUCGUCAGCGAAAUUGUUACGAAAAUACGAUGUAGAUGGAUUUUUUUUCGUUCCCGAAACCACAUUGAAAAGCAAUGCAGAACACUGUUGUGGUAGUGGUGCCGCCUGGUGGCGAUGAAGAAAACGAAUCGACGAAUGUAUCUUGGCUGUUAUGUUAGUCUGUUGUCAUAAUAAAAAAGGCAGAAGUACGAAAUAUAAUUGUACAUAAGUGAAGCA